CAGCAUCGGUAUGGUACCAGUCCGGUGGCACCCUACGGUACACGGCUCGUUGUGGUUGUUGGCAUCCACGUUCUGUUCUCACAAAUCUACCAAUCCAAAACCAAAACCAAAACCACCCGCAAGAUGAACAAACCCACCGCCUUCCUCCUCCUCGCCCUCGCCCUGGCCAGGGGCUCCCUCGCCUUUACCACGAGCGGUCCCCGCUCGGCGCUUUCGGCCCGGGCGGCCCCUCUUCCCGUGAGCGAGAUGCCCACCCACCAAGGCGCAACGUCGACCUCCCUCAACCUCAAGGUCAAGGUCGAUCCCAACGCCAAGACCAAGAACUCUGCCGGAAACGCCAAGGCCGCCGCCUACGGUGGAUCCAUCGCCAUUGCCGCCCUCUUGCCGGUGAUCUUUUUGGUCUGGUCGGUCGUCAACAAGGGAAACUAAGCAAGCAAAGCAAACCAUAGUAUAACCAAACCAACCGAACCGAAACCGAUGUUGUUUGCUGGUCGAAACGAAAUGCGACGCAAUCGGCAUCGGACGAAAAGAACCGAAUGCACGAGAGAAAACUUGGUUGUUCUCGGUCGAAACCAAUCCAGUCGAGUCGAGUCGAGAACAACGCACGCGUGCAACAAAAAUUGUAGAAGGAAGAGAGAAUGGUAGCUCCGCUGUGUCGUCCACGGCAACGGGGAAUGGAGUCGAAAUGGGUGAGGAAAGCUCAACCGAAACGAAACGAAACGGGCGGUUUCGUUUUGCAGGGGAUCUGGGAUCGUUCUUAACGAUCGGAAUGCUGUCGAUGGCUGUAUUAGGCUGUACAUGUUAUGACCAAGAGCAAUCCCUAAACAAAAGAAAAACUAAGAAAUGGAAAACUAAAUG